AUGAUCCGGGAAGAAGAGGACGAUUACAUCGAGGCCUCCAUUGUUGAAGAUGACUGUCUCAAGUGUCCACAGCCAAAUACCAGUCACGGACGCAAAAGUCGACGUACCCGCACCAAGAACAGCCGUGUGCCGUGGUGGGAGAGCCUUCGCCCCCGCUCAGUAUCCGUAAAGCCUCAAAGGUCGGAAGAAGGGCAGUUUCCGCUUUUGCCCAGCUACCCUACCGAGGCGGAAGCACGAACACGUGCCAUUGACAGAUACCUCGCUGCCGAGUUCCAGAAGAGCAAACGGGAACUAAAGAUCAUUCUUUUCGGCGAUGAGCUCGAGAAUAGUCUUUUUCUGAAACAAACCCGCCUUUUUGAGAUCCCGCUUUCCUACGAUGAACGCGCAGAUAUCCGGGUAGAAGCGAGGCGCUUCGUUGCGUCGAUAUGCCGGGAAUGUUUGCAGAUCGUCGAUGAAAGUGUUUGGAAACCAGAAUGGACCAAUACUCAUCCAGUCCUGAGGCGUGUCAAGGAGAUCGUGUCGAGCGAAAGACCAGAAGAUGAAGAAACUGUUGAAGGCAUGGUUAGCAUGUAUUGCGACCAAGAACUGCGGCUCGCGCUGAAGCAGCUUGGCCAUAAUCUCGAAGACAUCGAGCGUCGAUUCUUGAACGACCGCUUUCCGCAUAUCCUUACCUGCCCCUGCACUGCAAAUGAGAGUCUUAGUUCGCUUUUUAAACGAAUCUUUGCGGCAGAGUACAUCCCUACCGAACAUGACUGGUUCCACUUUGACCACCGCCGUUUGGGGAGAGUAGCUCGAGAGGCCCUCAUCCAUCGGGACAACCACACGCUGCGACUUUUACAAAUCACGGAUCGGUAA